AUGAAGAGGGGCGCAGGGGAAGACAGGGUUGACUCAGGAUGACCAUUAAUUAUCUUAAACCUGAUUUCCCUUCUCUCACGUCCAUGCUAGUGCCGUGCGGGGAACAAGUAAAAGGGUUCAUAUUCUUUCUCAUUGAACCUUUCCAAGCAUUAGUUGAGGGGAAUUACCGCAACAAUUUCACAAAGUUAAAAACUUUUUGACUCUCGACGGUCCUCUCUUUUGGGUACCAAACAGGAUGGCAUUCUUUCUCACCAAUAGAAUAUAUAAUUAGAAAAACUAUGCGUGAAAAAUGCAUGGCCUUGUAGAAACUGCGCCGUGGAAAACGUAGGAAAUAGUGGGUAUCAAACGAGGCCACGCCAUUUCUUCUUAGAAACUUCAUGAUAUUAUCCAAAAGUGAAACAAAAGAAAUGAAAGAAACUUCACAACUUUUUCGUCCCCCCUUCAGUGCAGUCAACGACUCAACCCCGCUUGGCAAUGAAGAAUCUUCCUCUCAAUUCAUACGUCUUACAAAAUGACCAUUUAUUCUGUCAAUCUUUCAUCUUCUCAGACAAGACCUGCUGCAAUACACAAGCAUCUUCCUCCCCGAUUCCCAUUGCUGACCAUUUCUAUGUUUUCAAGAUAUUGAUGCAUAUAAAGCAACCCAUACUCUUCAUUCUUAACAUCAGCUGCAUGCAACCCAUACUCUUCAUUCUUAAUAUAAGGACUUGAGAUUUCGUAAUUUGAUUCUUGUUAGGAGUGUCUGUGACCAUGCCUUUCAUCCAACUUAACUACUGUUACAUUCCAAUGGACAAGGCGUCAUCAUCAACUAAAAGCACCACGGAUUUCUCAUUGUCUUGUUUUGUCAGUGUCCUUUUAUUUGAUUUAAUUCCCAGCUGGAUAAGUAGCACCCAAAGUCUUUUGACAAGAUUUUGGUCUUCUCUCCAAUGCCAAGAUUCCCAAGUACUCGAUGUCGGCAAAUCAAAGGUUUGGGCUGAGAAGAAGAAUUCUGAUUUUGAUCUGAGUCAGCAGCAGACUUGCUCAAGCGAAAAUAAAGAUGAUAGUAGCUUGAGCAGAGGAGAUGCGGCAAUGGUCAUGCAAAGAUUGGGAAUUGUGUGCAGCCCAGAAGGCGAUGAACUUCAAGAGAGGCUCAGUUCCAAUGAGCUUUCAGGGCUGUUUGAUGAGAAGGAACCAAGUUUGGAGGAGGUGAAGGAAGCUUUUAAUGUUUUUGACGAGAACAGGGAUGGGUUUAUUGAUGGAAGGGAGCUGCAGAGAGUUCUCUGUAUUUUGGGUUUGAAGGAAGGAGAAGAUUUGGCCAACUGCAACAAAAUGAUCAGGGCAUUAGAUGAAAACGGUGAUGGAAGAAUAGAUUUCAACGAAUUUAUAAAAUUCAUGGAGAAUAUCUGAAUAUUUAUUUUUCUUUUACUUGCA